AUGGUUCUCGACGGUAACGGCUGGUUAGGCGGCGGCGGAAGCGGCGGAGAACGGAUUAUACAAGAGGAAGAGAACGAGGAAGCUUCAUGGGGUAGGAACCAAGAAGACGGUGGAGGCUCUCUGUCUCAUUUCAAGCCUAUGCUUGAAGGUGAUUGGUUUAGCAACCCAACGCAUCCACAAGAUCUCCAAAUGCUGCAGAGCCAGCAAGAUUUCAGAUUCCUCGGUGGUUUCCCUUUCAAUCCCAACGACAAUCUUCUUCUUCACCAGUCGAUUGAUUCGUCUUCCUCUUGCUCUCCUUCUCAAGCUUUUUCCCUCGACCCAUCUCAGCCGUCGUCGUUCUUAACCGCCGCCGCCAACAACAACAAGUCCUGCCUCCUCAAUGUUCCUUCCUCUGCAAACCCUUUCGACAAUGCCUUCGAAUUCGGCUCCGAUUCCGGUUUCCUCGGCCAAAUCCAAGCUCCGAUUUCGAUGGGGUUUGGUUCGCUGACCCAAUUGGGUAACCGGGAUUUGACCUCCGUCCCUGAUUUCUUAUCCUCUCGGUCUCUCCUCCCGCCGGAGAACAACAUCGGCGGAGGUGGAGGUGGAUUCACUCCGUUGGAGUUAGAAGGAUUCGGGAGUCCUGCUAACGGCGGUUUCGUCGGAAACAGAGCGAAAGUUCUGAAACCAUUAGAGGUUUUAGCAUCGUCCGGUGCACAGCCUACUCUGUUUCAGAAACGUGCGGCUAUGCGUCAGAGCUCAGGAGGAAGCAAGAUUGGGAACUCGGAGAGCUCCGGGAUGAGGAGGCUGAGCGAUGAUGGAGAGAUGGAUGAGACCGGGAUUGAGGUCUCCGGGUUGAAUUAUGAGUCUGAUGAGCUUAACGAUAAAGCGGCGGCGGAGAGUUUUCAGAACGGAGGAGGAGGAGGAGGAGGAGGGAAAGGGAAGAAGAAAGGCAUGCCUGCAAAGAAUCUGAUGGCUGAGAGGAGAAGGAGGAAGAAGCUUAAUGAUAGGCUUUACAUGCUUAGAUCAGUUGUCCCCAAGAUCAGCAAAAUGGAUAGAGCAUCAAUACUUGGAGAUGCAAUUGAUUAUCUAAAGGAACUUUUACAAAGGAUCAAUGAUCUUCACAAUGAGCUUGAGUCUACUCCACCUGGAAGCUUGCCUCCGACUUCAUCAAGCUUUCAUCCGUUGACGCCGACACCGCAGACUCUUUCUUGCCGUGUCAAGGAAGAGUUGUGUCCCUCUUCUUUGCCAAGCCCCAAAGGCCAGCAAGCAAGAGUUGAGGUUAGAUUAAGGGAAGGAAGAGCAGUGAACAUUCAUAUGUUCUGUGGAAGAAGACCUGGUCUUUUGCUGGCUACCAUGAAAGCUUUGGACAAUCUUGGUUUGGAUGUUCAGCAAGCUGUGAUCAGCUGUUUCAAUGGGUUUGCAUUGGAUGUUUUCCGUGCUGAGCAAUGCCAAGAAGGACAAGAGAUACUGCCUGAUCAAAUCAAAGCGGUGCUUUUCGAUACAGCUGGUUACGCUGGUAUGAUCUGA